UCGGUAGAAAAAUAUCCACACACGUGCAGUUCAAAAAUGAUACACUUAAAAAUAUAUUUAGUGAAUAUUAUAUUUAUUACGAUAUGUUUAAUACAGUGUGUACAAACGGCUGGUGAAUUAGAAAAUUUAUUAAAACAAACUAUUUAUACGGUGUAUGCACCGAAAACAAAAGUUGUUGAAAAUGAAAAAUGUGUUGAGCAAAGUAAAAUUUAUUAUGAUGCACUAAUGAAUAAUCAAAAUUGGGCCCUAAAAAUGUUUGAUGCAUCUGGUAAGGUCAUCGAAGGAUUCUACUCGUAUAAUAAUGUGGAUUUGGGUCAAUUUGAUCAAUGUUUAUCGUUCUCAGAAAACGUAAAUAAUACUCUUAUUAAAGGAAAAUAUUGUCUUACAACAAUGACAUUGGCGUCAAAAAAUGAGUCAACAAAGAGUGAAGAUCCUGAGGUAACGGACGUUGUUCCAACAAUUACACAAUCAUUAAGCACUGCCAGUAUAAAGUUCAGAUGGGCAAUUUGUGUUCCAGCAGUGUGCACAGCUGAAGAUGUACAAAAUCAUUUAAAUUAUGUACUUGGAGACAAAUUUUCUUUUACCGUUAAAGAGUCAAAUUGUCAAAGUAAAGAAACUAUGCCAACUUUAACUGCUGGUGAUUGGGCCAUGAUUGGAGUAUUAGUUUUGGUUGGCUUACUUCUUCUUACAAACACAAUUUAUGAUGGAUAUUUAAUUUACUAUAAUUUAGAGCCGUUGCAUCCAUUGUUAUUAUCUUUUUCAAUAAUUUCCAAUGGACAGAACAUUGCUCACAUUAAUAAAAAUCCAGAUCAGUUUCAUUGUUUACAUGGAAUUCGAUGGUUUAGCAUGAUGUGGGUGGUUAUAGGACAUCGAUUUCUUUUUCAAACGCAAAAUGCUGCAAUUUUUAAUAAAAUUGGUUUGGAAACGUUUUUAGAAACAUGGUACAAUUAUCUUGCAAUUGGUGGACAGGUUGCGGUAGAUUCAUUUUUUGUAAUGGCAGGAAUGCUUUCAAUGUAUUUAUUUUUGAAAGCAAAAUCAGCGGGAAAACCUGUAAAUAUAUUGUUGAUGUAUAUUCAUAGAUAUUUAAGAUUAACACCCCCAAUUGUUUUUGCAUUGCUGUUUGUUCUAACAUUAUCAAAAUUUGUUGGAUCUGGUCCAUUUUGGCCAACGAGUAUUAAAUAUGAACGUAAAGGUUGUGAAGAGAGCUGGUGGGCUUUAUUAUUAUAUAUACAAAAUUAUCGGCCUGUUAGUAAGAUAUGUUUACAACAUAGUUGGUACCUGUCGUCUGAUACUCAAUUAUUUUUUAUCGGACCUUUUAUAAUGUUGUUCGUUUAUCGUUUUAAGAAAAUUGCAUAUUACUUAUUUAGUGGCCUUAUUGUGAUAUUUAUUAUUGUACCUUGCCUAGUAGCCAUUCACUACGAUAUUCGCUCAGCCUAUAAAGAUAUGCUUGGUGAAAGAAUGAUUGAUUUUUUUCAUUAUUAUUAUUUCCCGUCACAUACUCGAGCUGCUACUUACAUAAUUGGUCUUACACUUGGAUAUAUUAUGUUUGAAAAGAAGAAGACAAAAGUUAUAAUACCACCAGUAUAUAAUAUUUUAUGCUGGGUUUUAUCACUGGGAGUUAUGCUUUUAAUAAUACUAUUUCAGUAUCCAAUAAAUCAACCGAAUUAUGAAUAUAUAAAAUGGAUCGAUGUUACUUAUACUUCAUUGCAUCGUGUAUUUUGGAGUAUUGCUUUAUCAUGGAUAAUAUUUGCUUGCAGUUUUGGUUACGGAGGUCCAAUCAAUUGGUUAUUAACUCGACCAAUCUUUCAAGUAUUAGCAAAAUUAACAUAUUGCAUGUACAUUGUCCAUUAUUCAAUACUGGUGUAUCGAAAUGGCUCGGUUAAAACUGUCCAAUAUUUUAAUAACAUGAAUACUUAUUAUGAAUAUUGUGGCGAUUUAAUAUUUACAACGAUAGUUGGAGCAAUAUGGAGUUUUUCUUUUGAAAUGCCUUUUGGAGUUAUUGAGGGUUAUCUGUUUCGAGGAUUAAAACCUAAAUCACGUUCAAAGCCGGUAAUUCCAUUAGCAAAUGGUUUUAAAGAUAGUUUUAGGAGUAACGGUAUAAUAUCAACUAGGUGCUAAAACAAUAUAUUAUUUUUUUUAUUAAAUUUUUUAAAGAUCUGA